AUGCAGGCGUACCCAGGCCUAAAUUUUGUGUUUGAUCCCCCUUCAGAUAAGGAGAAGGAGGCGCCAAGAGUUGAGAAUGAAGCAAAGGUCUUGGUUUCCCUUGUUUUUGAGCUCGUUCCUAUGGGUGCUGAGGUACCACCUUCAUCAGCCGAGGUCCCGGCCUCUGUAGGUACUGGGGUGUCUGUUCCACCAAUUAAAGUCCCUUCUCCUACAGCUUCUUCUAUUCCAGCCAUUGUUUCCAACCUCCCCGAUCUUCCUAAGUUGCCUGGAGCUCCUACUACUCCUUCGUCUGCUGCUAUUUCUGAGGUUCUCGAUCUUCCAGGGCCCCCUAAAAUUUCUACUGAUUUUCCUCCAUCUGUUGCCUCAGAGCUUCUCGAGCUGCCUGGAGUGAUUCUAGAUCUAAUUGCCGGCUCUUUUUUUGGUGAGAUUGAUUUUACAACCACGGAGAUAAAUCUUGCUUUUGAGAAUUCGAACCUCAAGGACCAGCUUUCUGAAAUGAAGAGGGAAUGGAACGAGCUGAAGGUAGAGAAUGCUUGGCUGCGGUCUACAAAUGCUCAACAUGAGGAGGAAGUAUCAGAGAGAGGGGGUCUGGGGUUGCUUAGGAUGCCUUUUUUUUUUGUUUUAUCUGGCAAAACUAAUGAAUAA